AUGUCCAAUCGCAAGGUUCCGUCUAAUGAUCCUCGGUAUGACCCUAGUGGAUCUUCGUACCCGUCAUCGGCUUCAGGUACACAGCGUCGAUUAGUGCUGCAACAAGGAUCAGGGAGCGGCGUGGCUGGUCUUCAUCAGCCCUUUGAACCUACAGAUCAAUACAACCAGAAUUUCUCCUCUCCGGCGUUUAUUCAGCCACCGCUGCACCCCCAGCAACCACAGCAACAGAUGCAGAACCACGAGUGGUACCAUGCAGAACAAGCUCAAGAAAGACCUAUGAAUUAUGGUGGCUAUCCAGUCGGAAAUGCAGCGGCAACGCCCAGCAUGCCAAAUGAGGCUUUUCCCGGUGGUCGUCCUGGCCAACUCCAGAUUGGGUUCAGCGGUGCCCAACAUAGGUCGAGGGUUCAAACUGCUGAACGUUCUGACCGAUCCUAUGCGGGGUCUUUCGCUGCAGAACGCAACCAUCGAAGUGGUGUAAGCGAUGAACAAGCUCUGGAUUUUCACCGACAAUCCGCAGCCACUUCUUCAUCUACACCGACUACCAAACAUCGUUUCGAGCGAUCGUUGGACUCUGAAAUAUCGGCCCCAGCCUCAAACGAGCGACCGCGGCAGACUGUAUCGGACUCGCAAUUCAAACAGAUUGGGAUUGUAUACAGCAACGACGAAACAAAGGAGUUCCGCUAUGAAUGUCACGUACGCGGCUGUGAGAAAACAAGGUGCGGCCGUGUACAAGAGCUCAAAAGACACUGGGACAGUUUCCAUGAGAACUCAGAAAUAUGGUGCCCGAUUCGAGGAUGUGAGCGUAGUAAAGUGGUUGGAAGCAGGCCCUUUCCUAAAGCCCGAAAAGAUAAACUCAAAGAUCAUGCCCUAAACGCACAUGGAAUUGAGUUUGAACUUUGA